GGGAGGGAGGGAGAAAAUGAGGGAGAAAGGCAGGGGGAUCCAAAAGAAGAGCAAUAUUGGCUCAUUUCGAUCCAUUUUUAUGCAUGCGGAUGGCUAUGAUAUGUUGCUAAUGAGCCUCGGGUUCCUCGGGGCCAUUGGCGACGGACUUACUACCCCCGCGAUUAUGCUUGUCAUGAGCAAGCUUAUAAACAGUAUCGGUGGCAGUUCUCUUUCUACCCUCGAUAACUUAUCUCAAAUUGUCGACAAGAAUGCGAAAGAGCUGUGCUACGUUGCGCUUGGGCAAUGGUUGGCUUGUUUCCUUGAGGGGUAUUGUUGGACAAGAACAGGUGCAAGACAAGCAUCAAGAAUGCGAUCAAGAUAUUUGAAGGCAGUGCUAAGGCAAGACGUGGGUUACUUUGAUUUGAAUGUGACAAGCACCGCAGAAGUCAUUUCAAGCGUCUCUAGCGAUAGUCUUGCAAUUCAAGAUGUUAUUAGUGUAAAGGUCCCAUCGUUCUUGAUGAAUUUAGCCGCGUUUGUUGGGGCUUACGUGGUUGCAUUUACAUUGCUAUGGAGGCUAGCAAUUGUGGCAUUCCCCUUCGUGAUACUUCUGCUAAUCCCUAGUUUGAUCUACGGAAGGGUACUAAUGGGAAUAGCCAGACAAAUCAGGGCAGAAUACAACCAGGCUGGAACGAUAGUAGAGCAAGUAAUUUCUUCCAUCAGAACUGUUUAUGCCUUUGUUGGAGAGAGCAAUACCUUGUUAAAUUACUCUGCUGCCCUUCAAGGGACUGUAAAGCUAGGGCUAAGGCAAGGAUUGGCAAAAGGGUUAACCAUUGGCAGCAAUGGCAUAGUAUUUGCAAUUUGGUCCAUCAUGGCUUAUUAUGGUAGCAGACUGGUCAUGUACCAUGGCGCUCACGGCGGCAGUGUUUUCGUGGUGGGGGGAACCAUUACCAAUGGUGGAUUAUCGUUGGGUUCCAGUUUAUCCAACAUAAGGUACUUCUCGGAAGCAUCAGCAGCAGGAGAGAGAAUAUUGGAAGUGAUAACACGAGUACCCAAAAUCGAUUCGGAGAACAUGGACGGCCAAGUUCUCGAGAAUGUACUGGGUGAAGUUGAAUUCAAAAACGUCGAAUUCGCCUACCCAUCAAGGCCCGAAACUCCCAUUUUUACAAACUUCAACCUGAAAAUCCCGUCGGGUUUGACGGUGGCAUUAGUCGGCGGGAGUGGGUCGGGCAAAUCGACAGUGAUCGCGCUUUUACAGAGGUUUUAUGAUCCAUUAGGAGGACAAAUUUGUCUCGACGGGGUCGCCAUUGAUAAGCUUCAAUUAAAGUGGUUGAGAUCUCAGAUGGGGUUGGUGAGUCAAGAGCCUGCACUUUUUGCUACAAGUAUUAAAGAGAACAUACUUUUUGGGAAGGAAGAUGCUGAUAUGGAAGAGAUUAUUGAUGCUGCUAAAGCUUCUAAUGCUCAUAAUUUCAUUUCUCAGUUGCCUCAGUGUUAUGAUACCCAGGUGGGUGAGAGAGGAAUCCAAAUAUCCGGGGGACAGAAGCAACGAAUAGCAAUCGCUCGGGCCAUAAUCAAGGCGCCGCGCAUCCUUCUACUGGAUGAGGCCACAAGCGCAUUAGACUCGGAAUCGGAACGAGUCGUGCAAGAAGCACUCGACAACGUCGCCGAGGGCCGCACCACGAUCGUCAUUGCUCACCGCCUCUCGACCAUCAGAAACGCCAACGUCAUAGUCGUCGUCCAAAAUGGCCAGGUAAUGGAAACCGGCUCACACGACGAAUUAAUCCAUGAUGAAAAUGGUCUAUACGCAUCCCUGGUCCGACUUCAACAAACAGAGAACAACAGAGAACAAAUUCCAUCAAAGGAUGACGCAACUUCAUCAAAUAACCCAAAAAUGGAUUCAAACAACACCAGCAGUCGAAGAUUGUCAAUUGUCAGUCGAUCGAGUUCAGCGAACUCAGCCAACCUGAGUCAGAGACUGGAAAAGCCUUCUAUGGUUAAAGGAAACCAAUUUUUUCCAGUUCCCUCAUUCCGGAGGUUAUUAGCGAUGAAUUUACCUGAGUGGAAGCAAGCGAUGAUCGGGUGCAUAAGUGCGGUUAUAUGCGGUGCGGUCCAACCAAUUUAUGGUUUUACAAUGGGGUCGAUGAUUUCAAUUUUUUUCUUGCACGAUCAUAAUGAGAUCAAGUAUAAGACAAGGAUUUAUGCGUUGUGCUUCGCUGGGUUGGCAAUUGUGUCGCUGUUAGUUAACAUAAUUCAGCAUUAUAAUUUUGCAUACAUGGGGGAGCACUUGACAAAGAGGAUUAGAGAGAGGAUGUUGUCCAAGAUUUUGACGUUUGAAGUUGGUUGGUUUGAUCAGGAUGAGAAUUCUAGUGGUGCUAUUUGCUCUCGUCUUGCUAAAGAUGCUAAUGUGGUGAGAUCUCUAGUGGGAGAUAGAACGGCACUACUUAUCCAAACCUUGUCAACGGUAACCACAGCUUGCACCCUGGGUCUGGUCAUCACAUGGAGGCUCGCAUUAGUCAUGAUAGCAGUGCAACCCCUCAUCGUCAUCUGCUUCUACAUGAAACGUGUCUUUCUCAAGAGCAUGUCCGAGAAGGCCAUGAAGGCCCAGGAUGAAAGUAGCAAGGUAGCUGCGGAAGCAGUCUCCAACCUCCGAACAGUCACCGCCUUCUCUUCUCAAGCCCGAGUCCUCCAAAUGCUUGAAAAGGCCCAGGAACGCCCGCAACAAGAGAGCAUCCGGCAGUCAUGGUUCGCGGGUUUUGGGCUCGGUACCUCCCAAAGCCUUAUGGUAUGCAUUAUGGCUUUGGACUUUUGGUAUGGGGGAAAGCUCGUUUCCCAAGGCCAAAUUGGGGCCAAAGCCCUAUUUGAAACCUUCAUGAUCAUAGUCAGCACGGGCCGAGUCAUUGCCGAUGCAGGAACCAUGACCAAUGACAUUGCAAAGGGGUCUAAUGCAGUCGGAUCAGUUUUUGCUGUGUUGGAUCGCCUCACACUUAUUGACCCCGAUGACCCAACUAGUUGCAAUCCCGACAAAAUAACAGGCCACGUGGAGCUGUGCGACGUUCAGUUUGCAUACCCGGCUAGGCCCGACGUAAUGAUAUUCAACAGCUUUUCAAUCAACAUCACAGCAGGGAAAUCAACAGCACUGGUUGGACAUAGUGGGUCCGGAAAAUCAACCAUCAUUGGAUUAAUCGAGCGAUUCUACGAUCCACUUAAAGGUUUAGUGAAAAUCGACGGUCGCGACAUAAGAUCAUACAAUCUAAGGUCACUAAGGAACCACAUUGCACUUGUUAAUCAAGAGCCAACUCUAUUCGCGAGGUCCAUUCGGGAAAACAUCAUGUACGGAGCAUCCGACAAGAUCAACGAAUCCGAGAUCAUCGAAGCAGCCAAGGCAGCCAAUGCUCACGAAUUUGUCAUGGGCUUACAAGACGGGUACGAUACAUGGUGCGGGGACAAGGGAUUCCAACUAUCGGGCGGACAGAAGCAACGUAUCGCGAUAGCCCGUGCUAUACUGAAGAACCCAGCAAUUUUGCUGUUGGACGAGGCCACGAGUGCGCUCGAUAGCCAAUCGGAGAGAGUGGUACAAGAUGCGCUCGAGCGGGUGAUGGUGGGUAGGACUAGCGUGGUGGUGGCUCAUAGGUUGAGUACGAUACGAAACUGCGAUACGAUCGCUGUUGUAGAUAGAGGUGAGGUGGUGGAGAAAGGGACGCACUCUUCUCUGCUGGGUAAGGGUCCUGCUGGAGCAUAUUUCUCUUUGGUUAGCCUCCAAACAAGGCCCAGUGUAGCACACAGUGAAUAAUGUAUUGAUAAUGUGUAUAAUGUAUAAAUAAGUCAUUUGGCUUAUUAGCCCAAAAUAGGCCUUAGCCUUGUAGACUCCAUAUUAAGAUCACGUA